AAUGGCAGGUCCAGAUAUGGGUACGAUAACAGCAUCGUUGGAGAGAUCGCUUCAAAACUGUUCGUUGAACUGCCACCGGGACAGAAGCACGAGCCACGGCGGUGAAGCUGCCGCGCUCGCUAUUGGCAGGUCUUCGCUCUCUCAUGCGCCGCCUGCAAACUCUUCUUCGCCGGCAGGAGACGCCACUCUGGACCUCAAUUCAGAAACCUCGAUGCCAUAUCAGUGGGAACAAUGCCUUGAUUUGGAGACCGGCGAAGUAUAUUACAUAAACUGGAGAACCGGAAUGAAAGUGAAAGACGAUCCGAGAAUCACAAAAGAGUACUCUGAAGAAGAAGAGGAUGACGAUUGUUAUGACGAUAAUAAUGUCACGGAUGAAGAAACAGCCGAGUCUUCCUCAGAAGAGUCAACGCUUUCAUCUUCAAAGGAUAUUCUGCGCCUCUGUCGUGCAGAGGAGACCUGGCGGCAGGAAGCUUCCACGGCGGCGGUUUUGGUAGUGGCGGGUUGCAAAACAUGCCUAAUGUAUUUCAUGGUCCCGAAAGAGGUCAAAGACUGCCCCAAAUGCUGCGGUCAACUCCUCCAUUUCGACAGAUCCGAUAACUCCUCCACCUCCGCAUAGCUCCACUCCAUCAUAAUAUAUUUUUUAAUUUUCUAAUUUUUAUUUUCUUUGCUUGAUUUCUAUGAUGUUUAAUUAUUAGUGCUUAAUUUCUAAUUUUUUCUUGGUAAUUUAUAAACUAGCUACUGCGGUACUUUAUGUGUAGUUUGACUUUUGUUAAAUUUAGAGAAGAAGAGAAGCAGAGGCAACAAAAAAAG